CUGUGGCUGAGGCGCGAGAAACGUUACAGGUGCAGUACAGCCCUCCCCCACCCAGCCUCUCGUCGCCGGCGAUGGCCGCCACAGCCAUGGUCACCGCCGCAGCACGGCCCCUCCUGCAGCAGUUCUCCGCCCCGUGGAUACGUCACGGCCGCGUGGCGGCGCUUCGUCCCUGGCCGGGGCGGGCUCUCGCGUUGCUCACGGUGGUCGCCGCGUCGCGCGACGGCGGAGAGCGGGGGAAGAUGAGGAGGAAGAGGAGGAAGCGGCGGGCCACGGGGUCCGACCAGGAGGACGGCGUCUCCCUCAGCUCCGAAAUUGAGGCAGAGAAUUCCACUCCACGUGCGCCCAUCGACGAUGGCAGCGUGAAGCUUGCACCAGAAGCCAGCAUUACCCCGAAAGACUCAGCUAUUAGGAGAGUUACUCUAGUGGUCCUCGCUGCAGUGUUAUUCGGCGUUAGCAUCGCCCUAAAGGAUGGGGUCGAGAAGGCGUCAGAAUAUUUUGCAGGCUAUUUAUUGGAACAGAGUUUGUCGGUGGACAAUCUCUUUGUUUUUAUUCUGGUCUUCAAGUAUUUUAAAGUGCCACAGGAGUACCAGAACCGGGUGCUUUCUUAUGGUAUUGCCGGAGCGGUGAUCUUUCGUGCAGUGUUGAUCAUCAUAGGAGUAGCUACCAUUCAGAGUUUUGAAGCGGUGAACUUAUUUUUUGCUUUGAUCCUGCUAUUCUCUUCUUACAAGCUGUUUGCUGGUGACGAUGAAGAAUCUGAUCUGUCUGACAAUUUCAUUGUGAAAACAUGCCAAAAGUUCAUUCCUGUCACUGAUUAUUAUGACGGUGAUCGGUUUUUCACAAAUCAAGAUGAUAUAUGGAAAGCCACACCAUUACUUUUGACUCUAGCAGUGAUCGAACUAAGUGAUAUUGCUUUUGCUGUUGACUCAAUACCAGCAGUUUUUGGUGUAACAAGAGAUCCACUUAUAAUAUUGUCAUCGAAUAUUUUUGCUAUUUCUGGCUUGAGAUCACUCUAUGUACUCAUUUCAGAGAGCAUGUCUGAGUUGGAGUAUUUGCAGCCUGCUGUUGGUGUCGUUUUGGGCUUCAUUGGAACAAAGAUGAUCUUUGACUUCUGUGGUUAUCAUAUACCAACCGAAGCUUCCCUUGCUAUUGUUACCACAUGUCUUAGUGGGGGAGUAAUACUGAGUCUUAGGAAAGCAUCAGCAGAGGAGCAUGGCAAGUAGGCAGCUUGUUGUACAGCACAUGAAUGCUACACUGUACACUGACAUCUAAGUUGGUCCCUUUCUCUUGGGCACAGUAUGGCUCACUCACCAGUCGAUAGACAUCACUAGAGGCCCAAAGAAGCGCCCUAAGGACACUCGCAGUUUGCGUGACACAACUGCAUGAGUAAUGGCCUCCAUUAAUCCGCGGAUUCAAGAGCAAUUCAGCAAAUUAUGACCAAGAUUGAUGCGGAAAGCAUGACAUAGAUGCCUGAUACAAGAUGUACAAGUUCCAUACUUCUGAAGCUGAAGAUUCUGGAGCCAGGUGAUGUUAAGUUGGUGACUGACCAAUGGGCGACAGCAAAAGCACAUACAACUAGGAAAUACACUAUGUCAUCCUUUUUGUUUAGAAUCCUUUUGCAAUGCUGUUGCUCGUUAAAGAACCACAUUUUUUUUGACCUCGCAAAAAAAAGAACAACAUUUUGCAUAUUCUGAAUGUGGUAGAUGUGUAUAUCAUGUGUGUAACUAAACAACAAUAUGUUCUGUGUGUAUGUAAAUGUAAGUAACUAACAUUCAAUUCUUUAAGCGGUGGUUUCCCUGCAUGUCAAA